AUGUCGGACACAGGUCCUCAGGAUGAGGUCCAUGGCGUGGGAACAGCCCCCAACGCGGGUGCUUCUGGAGUGAAGACCGUGAUUGCGGAGAAAACUGCAGACAGCUCCGCCGUAUCUGACUCCGAGCAGGGUCAUUUCGAGCGAGUCAACCUGAACAACAACGUCUCUGCUAAAAUCAAGAAUCCUCUCGCCGAUCUCUCACCACACCAUGUCAUUCGCGAUGUCACUGAGUUCGCCCAAAUUCAUGGGUUGACUCAUAUCACCCCAGUGUUACAGCGAGGCGCUCUCGUCGCCCGUGACCCUGCCAACUACGCCAGCGUCGAAGGCUUAACCGAGGACGAGUCUUUAGCUAUUCAGGACGAAGUUCUCCACAAGUGGAAGCAGCCCGCAGCUCUUUACUUUACCAUCAUCCUUUGCUCGAUUGGUGCUGCCGUUCAAGGUUGGGAUCAGGAGGGUUCCAACGGAGCUAAUUUGUCCUUCCCUGAUGCCCUCGGAAUUCCUGAAUCGGGCCCCGAUGCUGCUAGUAAUCUGUGGCUGGUGGGCGUUGUUAACUCUGCUCCGUACAUUGGCGCUGCCUGUAUCGGCUGCUGGUUGUCCGACCCCAUGAACCGCCUUCUCGCUCGUCGUGGUACCAUCUUUCUCUCUGCUAUCUUCUGUGUUCUCGCUCCCAUCGGUGGUGCCGUCGCUCAGACCUGGCCUCAACUCUUCAUCACUCGUAUCCUUCUCGGAAUCGGCAUGGGUUUGAAAGCCUCUACCAUCCCCAUCUUCUGCGCAGAGAAUACUCCCGCUAGUAUCCGAGGUGGGCUUGUCAUGUCAUGGCAACUCUGGACUGCAUUUGGUAUCUUCCUCGGUUGCACUGCCAACUUGGCUGUGAUGAACACGGGAAAUAUCUCAUGGCGUCUGCAGUUGGGUUCUGCGUUCAUUCCUGCUAUCCCAUUGUUGAUCGGAGUCUACUUCUGCCCCGAGUCUCCUCGUUGGCACAUUCGUAACGGCAACAUGCGCAAAGCAUACGAGUCCCUGCUUCGUCUUCGCAACCACGAAAUUCAGGCCGCGCGUGAUCUUUACUACAUCUACGCUCAGAUUCAGGUUGAGAAUGAAAUCAUCGGCACAAGCAACUACCUCACCCGCGCGAUUGAAUUAUUCACCAUUCCUCGUGUCCGCCGCGCCACUUUGGCUUCCUUCGUCGUCAUGAUCGCCCAGCAGAUGUGCGGCAUUAACAUUGUCGCGUUCUAUUCUAGCUCUAUUUUCUCUAAAGCCGGAGCUAGCGCCGUGUCAUCUAACUGGGCCUCUUGGGGCUUCGGUCUCGUCAACUUCGUCUUUGCUUUCCCGGCUAUUUUCACUAUUGACACUUAUGGCCGUCGGGCGUUGCUUUUGUUUACUUUCCCCAACAUGGCCUGGACUCUUCUUACAGCUGGGUUGUGUUUCUUGUUGCCGGAUGGCAGUACCAAACAGUUAGCCACUGUCGCCUUGUUUGUGUACUUGUUCGCUGCCUUCUACUCCCCCGGUGAAGGGCCAGUACCCUUCACAUACUCGGCCGAAGUGUUCCCUCUUUCGCACCGUGAGGUCGGUAUGUCCUGGGCCGUGGCUACCUGUUUGGGUUGGGCCGCCGUCUUGUCCAUCACUUUCCCUCGUAUGCUUGAUGCCAUGACCCCGACUGGCGCCUUUGGCUUCUAUGCCGGUCUUAACGUUACCGCUUUUGUGAUGAUUUUCCUAUGGAUGCCCGAGACCAAGCAGCGCACUUUGGAGGAGUUGGAUUACAUCUUCGCAGUGCCCACUCGUCGCCACAUGAGCUAUCAGCUUAACACUGCGCUACCUUACUGGUUCAAGCGAUACAUUUUGCGCCAGAAUGUUACGCUCGAACCGCUUUACCACUUUGACCAUGUUGCUGAGGAGAUUAUUCGGGUGACCAAGUAG